CGCCACGGGUCCUUCGCGCCGCGCCGCGAGCGGUCCGCGCGCGCCGCGUUCUACGUCGGCGGCCGCGAGUACUUCGGCGCGCUGCUCGCGGCGAUCCGGGGCGCGAGGCGGUCGAUUUUUUUGGCGGACUGGCGCAUCUACCCGCCCCUCCUGCUGAAGCGGGCGCCGGACGGCGCGCCCGCGUCCCUGGAGGCCGCGCUGGCGGCCCGCGUCGCCGAGGGCGUCGACGUCUACGUGUUGCUGUACCGCGAGUUCUCCGAGUCGCUCCAGGCGAAGCACCGGAGCGGCGACCACGCGCGGUCCCUGCGGGCGCUGUCGCGGGACGGCCGGGGCCGCGUCUACGUGCUGCGCCACCCGCGCCACCUCUCGGCGGGCCAGGUCUUCUGGAGCCACCACGAGAAGGUCUGCGUCGUCGACCAGCGCGUCGCGUUCGUCGGGGGCAUGGACCUGUGCGAGGGCCGCUACGACGACCUGGCCCACGGCCUGCGCGACGAC